AUGAUUCAUCCACCAGGUUGGGAUUCCUGUCUCCUUAGAAACCAAGGAUACAGAGGUUCGGUGCUGGAUUCAUGCCAGGACCUGCAGACCCUGAGACAAGUCCAUGCUCGUAUCCUAGUCUCAACUGGGUUCAAACCCCCUUCCCUUCUUUCAAAGGUGAUCACUUUGUAUUCUCGGUUCAAUGGCGUCGAGAGCGCUGCUUUGGUUUUCAGAUCAAUACAAGAACCAAAUACAAUGUUGUGGAAUUUGAUCAUAAAGUCUCAUGUCGACUCGGGUCUGCUUGGUUCGGCUCUGUUGCUGUACAAAAAGAUGCUUGAAUUGGGUGUUUCACAUGAUUGCUUCACGUUUCCGAUUGUAAAUAGGGCGGUUUUGUUGCUUGGGAGUGAUGCUACAUAUUCAGGAAUGGUUCAUUGUGUGGCAAUUCAGAUGGGUUUUGGAAUGGAUGUAUAUGUUGGCAAUACAAUGAUUGAUGUGUAUGUGAAAUGCGGAAGACUUGAUUAUGCUCGUAAGCUGUUUGAUGAGAUGCGUCAGAGAGAUUUGGUUUCUUGGACAUCGAUGAUUUCCGGGUAUGUUUCUGAAGGAAACGUUGCCUGUGGGUUUAGUUUGUUCAGUGAAAUGAGGAGGGAGUUGGAACCAAAUGCCGUGACAAUGCUGGUCAUGUUGCAAGGCUGUUGUGACACUGAAAUUUCAGUUUAUGGGGAACCACUUCAUGGUUAUGGGAUUAAGAGUGGUUUACUAGGUGAUGGGUCUGUGCAGAACUCAAUUUUCAGAAUGUAUGCUAAAUUAGGUACCGUUGACCAAGUCCAAGAUUUUUUUGGCCAACUUGAUAGAAGGGAUGUUGUUUCCUGGAAUAUUCGUAUUUCCUUUUAUUCUUGGAGAGGGGAUGUUGUAAAGGUAAGAGACUUGUUUCAUGAAAUGCAGGGUGAAGUAGCACCCAGCAGUGAGACAUUGACGUUGGUUAUAUCAGCAUUAACCAAACAUGGGAUUCUUUCCCAAGGUGAAAGCUUGCAUUGUUUGGCAACAAAAAGUGGGCUUUGCGACGACGUCUUGCAAACAUCUUUGUUGGACUUCUAUGCCAAGUGCGGGAAAUUGGGAAACUCAGAUAAACUGUUUAGAGAAAUCCCUCAUAGAAACAGCAUUACUUGGGGUGCAAUGAUGUUUGGUUUUAUUCAAAAUGGUUAUUUCAAUGAGGCUGUUGGGUUGUUCGGCCGAAUGCAAGCUGAAGGUGUUGAACCCGGGGCUGAGAUACUAAGAAGCCUAGUUGAUGCAUUUGCAAACCUAGGGGCUCUCAAGUUAGGAAAAGGAAUUCAUGGUUGCAUAAUAAGGAAAUCUUUUUGUGAAGCUAAGAAGUGCAAUACUCAUCUUGAAACCUCCCUAAUAAACAUGUACAUAAGAUGCGGUAGCAUAUCUACUGCUAGAGUCUGUUUUAGUAGAAUGUUGAUCAGAGAUGUAGUGGCGUGGACAUCUAUGAUCGAGGGCUAUGGGAGCCAUGGACUUGGUUUGGAAGCCUUGAAACUGUUUGAUCUAAUGAUAAGAGAAGGAACAAAACCAAAUAGUGUCACCUUAUUAAGCUUAUUAUCUGCUUGUAGCCACUCCGGCCUUGUGACCGAAGGUUGUGAAGCUUUCUGCUCCAUGAAAUGGAAGUUUGGUAUCGAACCUGACCUAGACCAUUACACAAGCAUUGUUGAUCUCUUGGGUCGAUCUGGGAAGCUCAAAGAGGCCUUAGUGGUCAUUAUGAAAAUGGUUAUUUUUCCAGAUAGUAGGAUUUGGGGUGCUCUUCUUUCAGGGUCUAGAAUUUACGGUCGUAGAGAUGUGGGGGAAUUUGCAGCUCAGAGGCUGUUGGAACUAGAACCUGAUAAUGUCGGGUAUUGUACUCUAUUGAGUAAUGCACAAGCUAGUGUUGGAGAGUGGGAUGAAGUAGAAGAGAUAAGGAGAGUUAUGAAGGAGAGGGAUCUAAAGAAGAAGCCGGGGUGGAGCUGCAUUGAGGCCGAAGAAGGAAGGAUUUAUGGGUUUGUUUCUGGGGAUAGAUCACACCAUCAAAUGGAAGCAAUUUAUGAAGUGUUGGAAUAUUUAAGUAGGAUGGCACAGGGAUUUAGCUGA